AUGGAGCCUCACGUCCGUUUAAAGAUACUCGAACGUAUACCGCUGUGCGGUAUGGACGUACAGUUCUCUGACGACUCGCAGUGCCAAGUGACGAUCACUAAGAAAUCCCGCGGACCCGCCCAUGCACAUGUGUGUAAGGGUAGGGAUCCGAACGAUAAAUCGCCGACCAAUGGAGAGACCCAGGAAGUCUGCGGAAGACGGGGAAGUGAUACUGUACUGGCCAGGAUAGAGUUCUGCUCCCUGCCCGCAGCG